AUGUGGAGCGCCAAGUCUUCGUACGCUGAGUCCGAGGCGGCACAUUUUGCCACGUUUCACGUGCCGCACGAUCAGCGCGAAAGCUUUUUCGCCACGUACAAGGUGGUGGUGGCCGCGUCGGGCUGCAAGAUAUCCUACGUAGACAAAGGCAACCUUAGUUCCAAGAUCGUCCCCUCCCCAUCUUACCCUCGCAGCCACCGGGAGCGACGCAUCGCGGCCGUCUACCUAUUCUUUCGCCUCUGUUACGACAAGCCACGCCGGUCCUUCGUCGGCUUUGACGCGAGUUUGCUCCGCAACAUCUCGCCCCCGAUUGCCCACGUGGUUCGGGUCCCGGACCAGUACAACCACGCGGUCGUCAAGGAGUCGCUGCACGCGCGCAACAACGGACGCAUCGCGAUCUUUGACCGGUGCAGCGAGUUUGGCUGCCUCAUCGAUCUGACUCGGCUCGACAAGGAGCGAGAGAUCACCAUCCUCUCUGCGCGCAAAGUACAGCGAGACAAGAUGCUCACCUGGAUCACCGAGGUCGCGGAGUCCACCAUGCGGCGGCGCACUGCGCCGCUUGUUGCUCUCGGCCAGGCGGCGCCGGUGGCGCCCGCUCCUUCCCCCGCCGAGAAUGCGACGGUCCGCGCGCUCGUCACAAUGGGGUACGACGCGGGGCGCGUGUUGCGCGCCGUCGCGUCCCUCUCCGACAAGUCGAACGUUGAAGCGGCGGUGGUCGAAGUGGAGCGCAUCGCUGGCGACGCGGUGGAGUCGCUCAUGGCGGCGGUCGGCUCGAAACCCGACUACAAGAGCGAGCUGAACCAGCUUGCGAUGGCGACGCGUCGCAAGGUCCACUACUCGACGAUGCCGCUGGCGGACGGGUCUGGACACGCCGUCUUCCUCUCUACCGUCAUCGUCGCGCCCGAGGGUUCCGUCAGCGCCGCGGGCAAGGCGGCGGGCAAGACGCUGGCGGAGCAGGCGGCGGCGCGGCAGGCACUUGUCGAGCUCGAGAAGAAGCUGUCGAUAUCCGCCGCUCGGCGCGACGAGCCGCCCGACGCCUUUGUCUGCCCGAUCACCUUCGAAGUGAUGAUCGACCCGGUCAUCGCUUCGGACGGGUACACCUACGAGCGCCACGCGAUCGUGCACUGGGUGCACAAGAAGCGCAAGAAGACGAGCCCCACGACCAACGCGGACCUCGAGUCCUUCGGCCUCAUCCCCAACUACAACCUGCGCAGCCAGAUCAGCGAGUGGCAGCAGGGCAAGCGCGCGUGA